GUUCACUGUUCCUAUCUCAUAUCCAUAUCGGAGCAACACAAGGACGUGGCUAAAGAAGGACUGGUUGACGUGAAUAAGAUAGAGAAAUUGACUGAAACAGUGCAGGAGACUUGCUUCAGGAUGAUGCGGGCUGGAAGCAUUGAACAGGUAAAAGAAGAAGAAUCCAAGUUAUCCACGCAAGUGGAAGAAUUGAAGCAAGUACUAAAGGAGGCGUCAAACCGAGCCAAAGGAGAUGUCAAACGAGAACUGACAGAGAACGGUUUCAGGAUCGACGCCUUUGCUAAGGCUCUUCAUAAUACAGUUCACGAACCCAACGUUAGCAUGGAUAAAAUAACUACGGCAACAAUGACCCUGAUAGACUCCGUGGGAGGUCUAAACUUAAUUGUGGAUCGACCUUCAGUUGUGCCAAUCGUGGAGGAGGUGUCUGCGGAGACCAAGGCAUUAGGAGACGAAGUCAUCAGCAACUCUAAAGCUCUGCUGAGCAAAACUCAAGCCCUGGUGAAAGAAGUCAAGACCCGAAAUGAUAAUGGGGAGGAUAAUAAGGAUGAACCCAUGACCUGGGUGAUGUUCAGCUCUGGUAGGACCGGCGUGCUGGAAGCAUUUGAAAAUCUAAUAAAUAUCUUGAAGCGUAACGGUCAUCGCGCUGGGCUGGUAGCAGCGCCCGAAGAAGAAGAAGAGGAAACACAGCAAAAGAGCUACGUGCAGAUGCAAGUGGAGGUGGCCAACAAGUGGUUGCAACGCCGCCCUUCCAAGCCUGAAAUCCAGGCGAACGGUGAAAAAGCAACCCAGAUCGUUAUUGAUAUUGCUGAAAAGAUGGCGGAAGAUUUGAAAGAUAGCGAAAAAGAGGAAAUGACGCAACUGAUAACGGAGUCGAAAGAGCUAUUCGCCGAGUGCAAGAAGAAAUAUGACAGCGACAACGCGAGCGCGCUGAUGGACCGCCUGCGCGAGCUGCGCACGGGCGUGGAGCGCGGCGCGGUGGGCCGCGUCGUCCGCGACUUCGGCGCCGACGCGCCGCUGGCCGACCUGGACGUCGUCGUCGACGCCGAGAGAGACGAAGCGAAGCGCAAGUUCAUUCUGGAGCGGAAGAUAGCCGAGCUGCUGGCCCAGCUGGGCCGCGUGAAGAAGACGGCGCGGUUCGUGGCCGACGCGGCCCGGCCCGGCCCCGCCAUCGCCCAGGAGCUCGACAAAAGCAUGCGCCAGACGGAACUCCUCGCGCCAUUGCUAGUGAAAGCAGCGGAAGAGCGUGUGGCUAAACCCGAUGACGCAGCAGUGGUGGAGAAUUACAAGAAACUGCUGGCGCAGUACAGCGAGUCGAUGUCCCGGGUUCGAGACCUGUGCGACCAGUCCGUUGAUCCUAUGGACUUUGUACAGACUGCAGGUGAAGCGAUAUCCAGGAUGAAAGAAGAGACAAGCAAGUUGAAUGAUCCUCAAAAGUGUGCUUAUACGUCAAAUGCUAUUACCAGGUAACGUAGAGACAAAAUUCUUUGUUGAAUCUUAUGUCUUUUCAUAAACUUAACUUGUAGUAAAUUGUAUAUUUUGACCACUAUUUAUUCUUUUAAUCGUGCGAUUGCUUU